AAUCGAGCAGUGGGGAAAGGGAGUGACGAGCGACUACGAAUUACAAUUAGCGACACAACAAAUGAAAGCGUGACGUGAAUAGGCUGCUUUGCCAUACCGCGUCAGGAUAAUGUCGUUCGAGAAGAAAAACGUUGUCCGAUUGUAAAGCAGGGUGCAUAAAAAGCCCGUAACUGAAUCCCGGCACUGUUUUAUCGCGCAGUUGCCAGAAAAUGGAAGCAGACUAUCAACCGACGCUAAGCCCGACACGAACUUUGACAGCAAUAGCUAAUGACGUCGAAGACCCAUACCCAAGUUUGUCAGAUUAUCAUGAUUAUGAGCCCAACUUGGAGUUCGAUGAUACCGAGUUACAAACCACUUCGAAUAAUGCUGUACAGCUUUUAGAAGAAAAGUUGGAUUUGAUUAGCAGUCGUGCAGGUACUGGCAUAGAUUAUUUGGAGAGUCCAGUAAGCGAUGGGACAAUUGAAGAGAACUUUGAAGAAGCUUUAGUAGAUGCUCCAGUUAUCGAAUCUGCAGAGGACCUUGCUGCACUGGAUGGUGAACUUGCAGAUGAAGAAGAUUAUCUUGAUAUUGCAAGACAUGGCAUUGUAGAAGUGGUUGGUGAUGAUAGUGCUGGUCGUAAAAUAAUAGUAGUAUCUGCGUGUAAAUUACCUCCUGUAGGAAAAGAAACAUUUAAUCAUGCUAAACUCUUAAGGUAUCUCACACAUACGUUAGACACAUUUGUAGAACAAGAUUAUAGUUUAAUUUACUUUCACUAUGGUCUUACUUCAAAAAACAAACCACCAUUAUCUUGGUUAUGGCAAGCAUAUAAAGCAUUUGACAGAAAGUAUAAGAAGAAUUUAAAAGCUUUGUAUUUAGUACACCCAACCAACUUCAUUAGAUUCGUAUGGCAAAUAUUUAAGCCAGCCAUUAGUGCAAAGUUUGGUCGGAAGAUGAUGUAUGUCAAUUAUUUAGAGGAAUUAGCACAAUAUAUUAACCUUGAUCAGCUUAUUAUACCUCCUCAAGUAAUAGAACACAAUGAACAGCUAAUGUUAAAAAACAAAAAGAAUUUACCAACAAGUCCACCUCAGAGUACGGUAACAACACCAGUUGGUACCACUCAAUUUGGAGCAAGUCUCCUCUUUAUUAAAGAAAAUAAUAAUGGUGAUCCUAUACCACCAAUAGUGCGGCAAUGUGUAGAAUUUCUUGAUACACCUGAUGCAUUAGAAACAGAAGGAAUAUUUAGAAGAUCAGCUAAUGUAGCAGUAAUUAAAGAACUUCAGUGUCGUUGUAAUCAAGGGUUACCUGUUGAUUUCCAAGGAGAUCCACAUAUAGCGGCUGUUCUUCUUAAAACGUUUCUUCGAGAAUUAGACGAACCUCUUAUGACAUACGAACUAUAUGAUGAAAUAACACAGUUUCAAGCUCUAUCAAAAGAUGAACGUCCAAGAAAAGUAAAAAUAUUAGUACUUGAAAAACUUCCAGAAGACAAUUACCAACUCCUAAAAUAUAUUGUACAAUUUUUAUCUAGGGUAAUGGAUAGAUGUGACUUAAACAAAAUGACAUCAAGUAAUCUCGCUGUUGUAUUUGGUCCAAAUCUUGUCAGAGCUCCGCCAUCACGUGGAAUGUCACUUUCCGCGAUAGGUCCCAUUAAUCAAUUCAUAGAUUUUUUAUUUACUCAUCAAGAUAAAAUAUUUAUUAUUUAAAGAGAAAAGCGUAGACCGAAUAUUGAAGGCCUAAUUUAAAGCAAAAUUAGUACUUUGCAUAUACGUUUUAGAACAGAAGUCCUAUAAAUUUGGCUGCCAAGUUUGAUAUUGUAUAAAUUUACAGGAAAUAACUUCGAAGAAGGAUUUAUAGGAUUUUUAAUAACAAGUUCGACAAGUUUCUUGCGACUUUCAUCUUAGUGUACAAAACUGAGAAAACCUCAUUUGUCUGUUUUACUCGGAACUUUCAUCUUGAUGCAUAACAAUGAUAAUCUCAUUUAUUAAUUCCACAUCUUCGAAGUCAUAUCAAACUUGUUGGAACUUAAAACGAACGUAACAAUUCGUGUGUAAUAUUAAUAUUUAAUUAUAACAUCCGUACUUUGUUGAUUAAAAUAUUUUUAUAUUCAAAUAUACAAAUAGACAAAUACUUGCAUACCUAAUAAUAUCACAAAUAGCGCUUAGUUAUACAGCUUGCACAAGAUCUUUUUAGUAAAUUGAUACAAUAAUUUCAAAACGGAAAUACUAGAAAAUUAAAACAACUCUGGAUACUUUACAGUUUAAAGAUGUAUAAAGUUACGUGAAAAUUAAUGGUAUACCAAAGAUAUGAAAAUGUGAAAAUAUCAUACAAAAUGAUUAUAAAACGUAGGAUUACUUUAGGAAUAAUAUUAAAUAAUAAAUUAUACUAGUAGGAGUAUGAUGUACAGGAUGCCUUGCUCGCAUAAUUUUAACUUAAAGAGAAAAUGAACAUGACAAGAUUCAUAAAAGUCAUAAUAAUUACAUCUUGUUAUAGUUGAUUAGUAUAGCCAAAGCGAUGUACGGUAAUGAAUUAGUAAUUAUUAAUAGUACAUGGCAUCCUUUGUAUCGAAGUUGUGUAUAUACAUACGAAAAAUUAACAUUUAUGUAUACAAUUUUAGCCUUAUUAAAUGAAACUGUUCUUUUAACUAUAUAAAUGUGAAAAAUCUUAACAAAUUUUUUAAACUAUAUUACAGUACACUACAAAAUUAAAUUUAAAUUACAAUAAAAUUUUUUGCUUUCAUAAAAAUGUCAUAGUAAAAAUCUCUGUAUGGUUAGCAUGUUUGUGUAAUGUCUUGUCUACGAUUGUCAGUGUAAUGACAAGCUACAAAAUAACAAAUUCACACAGAAAAGGAAGAGAAUGAAAUCUUUUAAUUUAAGAUAAUAAUGAAGAUGAUUAACACUGUUAUGUAUUACUAUGAUAAUUUAAUAAUUAGACUAAAAUCAGCCAGGGUAUCGUGUAAUGUAAUAUUUAGUAUAUAAUAUCUGGUCUUACUUCAAUGAUGAAAGACUUAUACUUAUCUUUCCACCAUCACAUGUAUCUCUACAUUCUUUUAAAUAGUCCUGCCAUUAUGGGUUUCUGGGAUAAAAUAGAGGCUAAUUGCCUAAUACAUCAUUUGUUCUAAAACAAGACUAACCCAGACCUAUAUAGAACUGAUACAACCCAAUUACAUUCCUUGUUAUUAUUGAUAUAGUUAAAAUACUGUAAUAAAGAAUAAUUAUUUAUACAAAAACUAGAAUAAUUAAUGUGUCAUAAUAUGUACGUUACACUAUACUGAGUUUUUCAAUCAUUCUUUUUGAUAUUUAAAAUUUUUUAUUUCCGAUUAAUUGUCGACAGUUCAUUCGUAAUUUUACGGUCUUGCUAUGAUUAAAAUAAUGUUAUAGAAUAGCGAAUUAUUUGAUGAAACAUAUUUAUGUUGUCAUAAAUAGAUGCGUGGAUGUUUAUAAUCCAUAUACGUACCUGUGAUAGAAUAGAGAUUAUAUUUUAGUCUUGUAAAUCCUUAUGCAUGUAAUUAGUAAAUCUUUUAAGUUGUAACUAAUUAUAAACUAAUCUAAAUUGUGAACUAUAAAACAAAGCAUUUUCAAGAAUAACAUUAUAUUAAAUAUGUGUAUAUGUUAAUUAACUUUUUAUUAAAACGCAAUAGUAUUUGAAUAUACAUACGUUUAUAUGACAAAUACAUACAUCUGUUAAUUGUAAUAAAUCUUCUAGCUAUAUGACAUAUAUGAAUAACAAGAUAUUUGGUUUGUGAGUCGACUGAGGCUCUAUCAAUGUAAUGAAAUAUUAAAAUACAUAAAAAUCAACUCCCAAAAUAUAAUUAGUAUUUCUUAUUAAGCACUAAGUUAAAUUACUUAGGCUUUGUAUUUAUACCUAGAUUAUCGUACUUUUUUUCUUAUUAAAGAAAAUGAAAUAUUAAAAAUUUAAUGACAUAUUCAGCUCAUCAGUCAUUUCUUUUAUAGUCUUUGUACAAUAAAAUCGCUAAUAUCAAUAUGUACAUUGUUACCUUGUUAAUCGAUGCUGGUACAUGAAAUUACACUAAUGGAAAUUUUCAAAUGUUAUAAGAAUAUUGAAUCAAAUCUUUCGCGCGUAUAAAACUUUCAAUUCACACAUUUUGUGGAAACUUUUCAGCAAUCAUAGUUACAAAAGGUUCAAAGUUUGUUCUUCAUACUAUGAUCUUUUUUAGUACUACAAUAUCACUCAACACUUAUUAAUUAUUGAUUUAUUUAAUACAACAAAAUGUUAUUUAAAAAAGAAAACAAUCAUAAUAUAUAAAUAUUUUAUAAAUAUGAAAUAACAAUAUAUAGUGAUCACUUAAACCAUAAAGCUUAAAAAUAGAAAACAUAUUUGGUUCUGUACUACAACAUUGUAGUACAUUUUUUACAUUGUACCAAUGCAGCUGAAAUAAAUUUGUUUCAUGCUGUUUCAUGAUUACUGACAUAAUCAUUUCAUGAUUUUAUAAAAAAAAGUUAAUUUAAAAAAAAUAUAGCAGCCUGUGAAA